AUGGCAAAAACGCGAAUAUGGCAAAAACGCGAAUAUAGCAAAAACGCGAAUAUGGCAAAAACGCGAAUAUGGCAAAAACGCGAAUAUGGCAAAAAAGCGAAUAUGGCAAAAACGCAAAUAUGGGAAAAACGCAAAUAUGGGAAAAACGCAAAUAUGGGAAAAACGCAAGUAUGGGAAAAACGCAAAUAUGGGAAAAACGCAAAUAUGGGAAAAACGCAAAUAUGGGAAAAACGCAAAUAUGGGAAAGACGCAAAUAUGGGAAAGACGCAAAUAUGGGAAAGACGCAAAUAUGGGAAAAACGCAAAUAUGGGAAAAACGCAAAUAUGGGAAAAAGGCAAAUAUGGGAAAAAGGCAAAUAUGGGAAAAAGGCAAAUAUGGGAAAAAGGCAAAUAUGGGAAAAAGGCAAAUAUGGGAAAAAGGCAAAUAUGGGAAAAGGGCAAAUAUGGGAAAAAGGCAAAUAUGGGAAAAAGGCAAAUAUGGGGAAAAGGCAAAUAUGGGGAAAAUGCAAAUAUGGGGAAAACGCAAAUAUGGGACAAACGCAAAUAUGGGACAAACGCAAAUAUGGGACAAACACAAAUAUGGGACAAACGCAAAUAA